CGCCUUCUAGACGUUUACAGACAUUGCUGAUUCGGGAUUGGGCUCCGAGUUUCACUAAAAUAUGCAUGUGUACCACAACGCAGCUCAAGUUCGGCCUCGGAGUCUUUUCCGAAUCCCCUCCUCCAUCAUCCACUGCGCUUGUAAUCACGCUCAAUCUUCACACGGGUUGCAAGAAAGCCUGCAAAACACACCGACGUCCCUCACUUCGCUCUCACGCACGACACGAACAAAAUUGCAUCGCUGCAAGCGCUAGUGCACCUCCGUGCGCACAGCGUUGCAAACCGACCGGCCUACCGCAAUCUCCACAAGGCUCUAGUUGAUAAGGUAAGGCCCAACGGAAAAGAGUGACACUUGCCGGUUUUUGUCUUGACAAAUGCCUCGUUUCACCUGGAUACCCGCACGGAUAUCGCGACCAUCUACACUGGAGCCGCUGCAGCUGCCCCCACCAGCGCCUCCCAUGUCAUCUGGUGGCGACGGGACACAAAAUUCGAAGCGCUACGAAUGGGUGAGCACGACCCACACACCCGGCUCUUCGCCCCAAUUUCCCCCAGGCACCUGCCAGCGAUCACCCCCCUGGGAGGGAGGGCUACACCUCUCCGCAGCAAAAGGUCCUCAGCAGUAGAAGCAGCAAAGGCAGCUGUAGCCCUCAACCAGCUAAGGCUUCCCCGAACACCUUCCGUUGUUGCCGCCCGUUGCCUUAGUCGUUCCCCCUCCUCACAACGGGUGAAGCGGCCAAACAGAUCCGCGCCUUUCCCCCUAGCCCCACGGCUGACAUUCCAGUGCAACCAUC